AUGAGCUGUCCAAGCUGCCCAAGCUGCCCAAGCUGUCCAAGCUGCCCAAGCUGCCCAAGCUGUCCAAGCUGUCCAAGCUGUCCAAGCUGUCCAAGCUGCCCAGGCUGUCCAAGCUGUCCAAGCUGCACAAGCUGCCCAGGUUGUGCAGGUUGCCCAAGCUGCCCAAGCUGCCCAAGCUGCCCAAGCUGUCCAAGUUGUCCAAGCUGUGCAGGUUGUCCGCAGGGCUGCCCAUGUUCGGGCUGCUCAGGCUGCCGCGGCUGCCCUGGCUGCCCGGGCUGCCCUGGCUGCUCGGGAAGCUGUACAGGUGGCUGCUCAGGCGGCUGCUCAGGUGGCUGCUCAGGUGGCUGCUCAGGUAGCUGCCAAGGCGGUUGCGGGAUGAUUCCGGGCAUGAGGCCUGGUAUGAUGCCUGGGAUGCAAGGUGGCAUGAUGUCAGGAUGCAACCCAAUGAUGAUGAUGAUGAUGGCAAAUAUGAUGCAGAUGGCCCAAAAGCAGAUGGGAGGAGGCCAGCAGAGAGCUGCACCAAUGGCUAUGAUCGGAGGGAUGCAGCAAGAGCCGAGUGGUGGCUCCUCUGCACCCAAGAAGGAGCCACCAGCAGCAGAUCGAGACGAUGAAGAAAUCGACCCUGACAUUAGAGAACUGGGAGAUUACUUUAACAUCGAGGAACGCUGGAUCAAGCGAUUGAAUGAGACGAUGGUCAAACGUCGGGAGACGAAGCAGCAGGACCUCGAAAAGCUCUACGAGGUACUGGAACGUGCUCGCAGUCCGACCGGCUUACUGACCGUGCAGACGAUUGGGAAAAUGGAGUGCGGUCAGUUUGUCGGCAAGAUCAAGCCUGACAAGGACGUCGAGCGGUUGGCGCGCAAGUUCAAGCUUGAUGACCACGUAACUUCACGCCUUACCGAGCUCAAAGUUUGUCGAAGGAAUAGUGGUCAGGAGGAGCGUGGCCUGAAGGAUCUGGAGCGACUUGAGCAGCAUCUCCGAUACUGCAAGCGCCCAAAUGCAAUGGCAACACUUCUGGCUGGCAAGCUGUUGGAAGGUGAAAUUGAUGAGCUGCCAGAUUUGUCGGAAGCUGAAAAGAUAAUGGAGAAGUACAAGCUGGACGAGGAUGCCCGAUCCAAGCUUCGUGAGAUAGUUGAGAAGCGAGCGAACGAUCAGGAUGAGGUCCUUGCAACCGUCAAGAAGCACCUGGACACAUCGACUUUUGCAUCCUCUAUGCUUUGCAAGAUAGCCAGGACCCUGAUUGACGGUGAGAAGCUUGCUGAUCCACCAGAGAGGCAGCAUAAAGGCAAGGGCAAGGAAGGAGAGGACGGAGGUAAAGGCGGUGGCCGUGAUGGACAUGAUAGAGAAAGGGAUCGUCGUGACAGAGACAGGGAUCGAGACCGGCGCGAUAGAAGCAGAGACCGCAGCCGCGAUCGACGUGACCGAAGUCGGAGUCGUGAACGAGCCAGAGAAAAGUGA